AUGCGGCCUGACUCUUCCUGGGACACCGCCGCUCGCUUCUCGACUCCUUCAAAGUUCGGCCGUCUCCCUCACCAGCGCGAGUCCUCUUUGUCGUCCCUCGGCUCCACGGGGCCGGCGUCGCCCUUCAACUCGCACAUCGCGAACCCUCACAUCGCCGUUACCGACGCCAAUGGUGACGGCUUCAUGGACAUGCACUCGCACGACAUGUCUGCCAUGACCUCAGCCAGCCCCUACUACCAUCACCUGGCCAAGACGAUGCCGCCUUACUCAAACUUCCACCACCUCGACAACGCCUCCGUCACCGACAUGGCCUAUCCCGUCUCCCUCCCGACCGGCAAUCACCACCAGAAGCCGCGACAGGAUCGCAACCUCCUCCCCGCCCCCGAGUUCGCCAAUGGCUUGACAAGAUCUCAUCCUGCCUCUGUGGCAAGCUCAAUAGCGGGCGACUCGCCGGCCACGCCCAUCACCGGCGAGAUGGACCUGAUUGACAGGCGAAGGCAAGGCAACGGUCCCGUCCCCAAGCUCGACCGCACAAUGACAGACGUCUACGGCGACGAGCUCUACAACCCAAAUUUCACAAUCACCUCGUCGCCUCAGCAGAGCCAGGUGACGACCGCCCCCAGCGACGUCUUUAACCAGCGCAUCAGUGCCGCCAAUAGCCAGCACCUCAACACGAUGCGCCAUUCGCCCGCCUCGAGCAUUUCUCGAGACAUCUCUCCCUUCCGCCACGGGUCCCCACUUGCCCCUUCGCCACUGCACGACUGGGCUGCCUCCCAGGGCGCCAUGGCUGUCAACUCUCAGCCGCGAAUGGCCGCCCAGGACCGCAAUGGCCAGCACGACGCCCACUUCUUCCAGCAGCAGAUGGCCAAGACGACACAGCCCGGAACGCCCCAGACCAUCUCGCCCAAGGAUGCCGUGCUCGAGUUCAACGAGUCGGGCGAGGAGUCCAACAUGCCCCUCUUCUCUCAGACUCCAAUCAACUUUGGCAUGGACCACAUGGGCAGGAUAGUGUCCGAGGGAGGCGCAAACGGCUCCGCUACAGGAGCAGGAGCUCCCAACUACGGCCAGGGCGAUCACAUGCACAACUUGCCGCAGCACGCCCAGGUCCAGGUGCCGCAGCGAUACCCGUUUAUCCCUUACCCGCCCACCAGCCAAGGCGCAUCCGCCUCGCAGCUGAGCCCGGCAGACUCCAACUCAACCGGAUCUGCCUCUUACAACACCCCUGCUCCCCAGAGCCGGCCGGCUGGCGCCAACGCGGACGGAGGCACAUACACAUGCACAUAUCACGGCUGCACUCUACGGUUUGAGACGCCCAGUCUGUUGCAGAAACACAAGCGCGAGGGCCACCGCCAGUCGCACGGGCUUGCAAGUGCCCGCCCGCACCACGACCACAUGGGCAUGACCUCGAGCCUCCUCAACAGCCAGGCCGGACCCCACCGCUGCGAUCGCAUCAACCCGAGCACGGGGAAGCCGUGCAAUACCAUCUUCUCGCGGCCGUACGACCUGACACGGCACGAGGAUACGAUUCACAACGCCAAGAAGCAAAAGGUGCACUGCAACCUGUGCACGGAGGAGAAGACGUUUAGUCGCGCUGAUGCGCUGACAAGACACUAUCGUGUCUGUCACCCAGACGUCGAGCUCCCCGGCAAGCACCGACGCCGCGGUGGGGCUUGAAGUGGUGGGCGAUGAACCGGCGGCACCAAGUUUUCCUUCCUGCGCAAUCUACAUUCCCUCGCAGAAACGCCCAAUACCAGCGAUAAACCACACAAACUUGUGCAGGACGGUUCCUACUACAUGACGUCCUCCGUUUGUGGUGGAGGGGGGGGCGCUGGCGGGGAGAGACAGCAUCAGAAAACGUCAAGCACAACGUCAACGACGGUGAUGGCGCACGAUUAGGCUUGGGAAGGGCACGCAAAUCGAAGAUGGGCGAUCCUGGCGCUGUGCCCCGGCUCCCGUGCGGGGGCCAAUGGGAAGCUGCCAGUGUCUUCUCUGGCGUUCUCUGUCCCCUAGCUGGCGUGUCCCAGCGGUCGCCGAGUGGGGCUCAGGGUCCUGCUGCAGCUGCAGGGUCUUGGUUGGCGAGUCGGCGGCGCUGACGUCAUUUGACCUCAUGCCACCUCCACCGCUGACAUCACCCCCCCGGUCGCCCGUGCCCUGAUUUCUCGUCGACCUCGACGCGCCUGGCUUGCUCAAUGACAGCAAUGACGACAGCCCUCUGCGAUGCUGUGCGUUCGAUGAUGCCGCCCGUCGCAGGUGAGACGAAACCACACCGCGAUCGUCCCCCCUCGCAGCAGGCUCCGUCGCGCCAACCUCAUGCUGGCUUGGAGAUAGGGAGGGGCUUGCUCGCCAAGUUUACGCCCACGCCCCUCCUUGCUAUGGCCGUUCUCUGCCCUCAAUGAUGCUACGCGAUCACGAUGAACACCCACAGUUGCAACUCCGUUGCAAUUGUCCGUUUCCUUUUGUCUCGACGACCUGCUGCUUACACACUUGUGCAUCACUGGCUUUCAUCAUCAUCGACAUCAACUGUACUACUGGCUAUUACUUCAUUUGUUGCACAUGGAAGCGGGGCCGCACUGGACGGCGGCAUGGGUAUAGGGCUUCCUUUUCCUUUUCCUUUCUAGAUCAACGAGCAGCCUGCUUUCUCAGCAUCAUCGAUUCGAUUCUUCUGUUUCCCCUUUUUGAGGGAAGUGUAUUAUUAUCAAGAAAGGUCCACCAGACUGGAUUCUCUAUGCACGGGCCGUUGCAUUGGACGUCGAAUUAGACUUUGCUUUGGCAAUCAUGAGGGCAUGGGCGCACAAGCGGGCUGAGCAAGAGCGGGUUGCGAAUGAAGAAGCCUGUCA